AUGGGGCGGUUUAAAGAAAAUAAUCAAGAAAAUUUAAGUUUUGUAAAACAGAGCACUCUGCGGACUGCGGAUCCUCCCCACCUUUGCGGAUUUGACGGCAGUCGAUUCGCAGACGUCGAACGGAAACAAAAAUGUCACGGUGAGCUCGAUUCGUGGAGCAGAUGCACUCUCCGAUGUGUUAUCCGAUUGAUAUGGAACUCAAGGUGGAAGGACUGGAAUCGAAGAAAUGAAAUCGAUUUAUCCACUGUUUUUCGUCAUGAACAGAUCAGUAGAGGCCAUCUGCUCAAGAACAGAGCCGUAGAGGAGCCCUCUGCGGAACGACAAUGCAUAGUUUGCGUGGAUGGGCUGCAGAAUGUACUUUUAGAGGAGCGUUGGGACUGUGUUGAAAAAGUUCAUGAUGUAGAGGUAGCCAAGGUUGGGAGGUUUCGGUUCGAGUUACAAGGCAGGGUGGUUGAAUACGGUAAAACGGAAUUUUGUUUGAUUACCAGUUUAAGAUUUGGAUCGUAUGUUGAUAUAAUAAAUACAAAAGUCAGCACAAGUUCAGCAUUAAGGAAUCGGUUGUUCCCUAAUGUGAGAGAUGAAGAUUUACGGCUGAAAGAUUUAGAAGACUACAUAAAAUGGUCAGCAUUCUCGAUGUGUAGCGAUGAGGAUGCGGUAAUGGUUAUGCAAAUGGUGUUUUUGUUGACGAGUCUCAUAGGACGAAACGACAAUACGUGCAUUCCGCCGACAGUGUAUGAGCUAGCCGAUAGUCAAUAUAAUUGGAACAGGUUUGUGUGGGGUGCGUAUUUGUGGAGCUAUAGUGAAACACAAUUACGAUUAGGGUUUGGUCAAAUCUAUAGAUAUUUACGAGAUAAUGAGAGUGUGGGUUACGUGAAGAUGAUGAAGUAUACGAUGACCAGUUUUCAGCUUUCAGCUAAGGUAUGGAUUUUGGAGACAUUUCCAGAAGCUUUGAGGUUUGCGCAUCAAACCGAAAAUGAAAUUCCAAGAAUGAGAGCAUGGAGAAUAAAAACACAAUUAUCUCUCGAGCAAUGUUUACAUAUAUUAGACGUUUUAGUGUUUGCCAUUCUUUGUGCGUUAUGUAAGUUGGACUCUAAACAAAGUGCACAGUCUCCAUCACCUCACCCGUCUCAGUUUCAGGUUCCGUCGACGGAACCAUUGAAGAACAGAAAUGGGAAAAAACCGCAGAAGUCCAAUAAUGUAGCAAAAAGACCAUUACUAUUUGACAGUUAUGUAGAUUGUGAUGAUGAAUUUUGGAAAUUGUGGGGAAAGAACAUGGGAGCGAUAUUUGUGGAGCAUAGACUUUUAAGAGGUAUUGAGAUGAAUUGUGAAUUUUGUUCAAGUUUGCUUGGUUUUGGCUCUAGAUGGUUACUCUAUGAGGAAAUAAAUUCGUCGACUGGUAGGUGGGCGCUUAUUAAUCCUAAAGGCACGACUGUGGAACUUGGGAAGCAACAUUAUUUGAGGCGUGUAGCAAUCGGGAUGGUUGAUGGACCACAUUGGAAGGAUAUUAAUCGACUUCUUCAAAUUGAAGCCCAACAACCUAAUUUAUUCGAUCUCCUCGAGACCCACGGAUCCUUGCCAGAAGUCAUCAUCUUUGUUUCUGCGUUUCUAACUUCCACUCCUUCGUCAAAAUCCUAAAGGUACACAUGGUAUGGGAGUCCAUAUGUCAAGAUGGAUAUGCCUCAUGGUUAUCAUUUAUCAAUUCAAGACAUGGUACUACUAGGGU